AUGGCGUACCGCAGAUUACAACGUCAAGCCGGUCGUCGAAAAGCUCCAAACCUGUCCGAGGCGGGAAAGCGCAUUGCCAUCACCCACAACCAUCCAGUCUCUCUCGAUAAGCCAGUCAAGAUGGGAGGUGGCCCCAAAGUUCCGUACCCCAAGCACGUCUGGUCGCCGGCCGGUGGCUGGUACGCCCAGCCCGCGAACUGGAAGCUGAACACGGCCAUCAUCGGCUCCGUCAUGCUCGGCACCGUCGCCAUUAUCUGGAGGAUUAGCGCCGAGAAGGAGGUGCGCUACGUCAUGCCUCGGGAGGGCAGCUUCUUUCCCAGCAGAUACUGGUCGAAGCAAUUGAUCGAGUACGACCGAGAACAGGCGGCGAAGAAGGCGAAGGAGACGGCGCAGUCGGAGGCUAUUCAGAACUCAUAA